AUGGAAACAAUUGAGGCUCUUGCCCUCGUAGCCGCCGUGCUCUUCUGCCUAGCCGUCCUCCGGCGAAGCACCAGUCCUGCCGUCCAGCUGGUCAGGGACCCUGCCGUUGCCCACCGCCUCCUGAAUGAGAACGCCGACGCUUUAUCGAACCGGCCGUCCGCUGGCCUUCUCACUGCUCUGGCGACCUGGACUCGCCGUCCGGAUCGGACAGAGACCAUAUCGACCUCGACCUACGGCUCGCACUGGCGAUCGCUCCGGUCCAACCUCACCGCCGGCUUCCUCAGCCCCUCGCGCCUCGCCGCCCUCGCUCCCCUGCAGCGCGACGCCGCCCAAGACCUCGUCACCGGCUUGUCCGCAGGGGAGGUGGUCAUGCGGGAACACCUCGACCGCGCCAUGUUUGCGAUGGCCACGCGGCUGUGCUUCGGCGACGGCGUGGAGGAGAGCUGCGUGCGCGCCAUGCAGCGCGUGAUGGACGACAUCACGCAAGCCAUGGACGACACAGUCUCGUUCGACGGCUCGACACUGGGCAAGAUCACGCACUGGAGGACGCUGCGCCGGCUAUUCGGCUUGUUUGUCCCGCUGGGCGUGCUGGUGCGCCCACUCAUCGCGGCGGCGCGGGCACGGAAGAACACCGAGUCCGAGUCCCGGCACUCGUACGUGGACUCGCUCAUCGACAUCCGCAUCCCCAACGACGUAGACGCCAAACGUGCGCUCGGAGACGACGAGAUCCUGGGCCUCGUGGCCGAGUUCCUCGCCACCAACACUGGGGUGAUCGUGGCCUGCCUCGAGUGGACACUCGCCAACCUGGCCAUCCAGCCGGAGGUCCAGCAAAAGCUGCGCCGCGAGAUCGACGAGGCGGUGGAAGGUGAGGCCAAUGCAUGGCUAUCCGAGAAGGCCCUCCGCGACAUGCCGUACCUGCGUGCCGUCGUGCUCGAGAGCCUCCGCGUGCACCCGCCUUCGCCGCACGGGAGUGCGUGGACGGACCCAGACCAGUUCAGGCCGGAGCGGUUCCUGCCGGGAGGCGAGGCGGAGGACGUCGGCCAGAUGCCGGGGCGGAGCGAGAUCAGGAUGAUGCCGUUCGGAGGCGGGAGGAGGUUCUGCCCGGGAUCCAAUAUGGCGAUGCUGCAGGCCAAGUUCUUCCUGGCCGCGCUCGUGCGACACUUUGAGUUCGCGCCGCCCAGCUGCGGCGUCGACCUCACGGAGGUGGGUGGGUUCAACAACGUGAUGAAGAAGCCGCUGCGUGUGCGCGUCACUCCACGCGCGUUGCCCUAG